AUGAACUCGGGGGCACGGGACUGGCGCGCACUGGCACUAACACAGACGACAGUGAAGGUCGGCACCGUGCCGGCCAAAGACGGCAGCAUUGAGGUCGUCAUCUCCGCGCCGAAGUCGCCAUCGCUCCUCGGAGCUACGGCGGCGUGCGGCGCCAAGGGCGUCCCAUUCUCGGGCGGCACCGCUGCGGCGGUGCUCGGCGAGGGCGCCCUCAAGAAGGACCUGGCCGAGGCAAAGGCGUCGGCCGCGGACACGGACGCCCUCGCCGCGAACGCGGCCGCGGUCGACACCGGCGCCGAUGACGCCGUCUCGCCCACCCCCCCUUCGCUCUCGGACUACACGAGCGUCGCCAAGAACGCUAGCGUUGACUCGGCCGCGGCGGCGGCGGAGCCGGAGCUGGCCGCGGACACAGUCGACUCGGACGCGGCCAUCUCCGUGUUUGCCGCCCACGAGCCGAGCGCGAGCGCCGUUUUCUGGGUCAAGCUCGCGCGCCCGACCAACCCACCGACGGCCCACACCGGCGUCACCGAAGACGACCCCGCUCUCGAGCCGGUCAUCAAGAACGACCCGGCUGCCAAGCCGGUCGAUGGCAGCGGCGAGCCACCGCCGUCCAUCAAGGAGUUUCCUGCGGAGACGCCCGCCCCGCCGGUCGAUGGCAGCGGCGAGCGACCGCCGUCCAUCAAGGAGUUUCCUGCGGAGACGCCCGCCCCGGCGGGCAUCACCGACUGGACGACCCCGUCGAACCCACGCCGCAACAACGGGCGCAAGGGCGAGGUCAAGUACACGAAGGUCUCCAACAAGUACGAUCCGCUCGACGACUGCGAGUCCGUCUCGCCCGAGCCGACCCCGACGCCCUUCGGCUUCGGCUUCGGCUUCCGCUCCGGCUUUGGCUUCGGCAAGCUCUGCUCGUCCAAGCUGCUGUGCAUCGUCUUCUCAAUCGUGGUGCUCGGUCUGGGCUGCUCGGCCUUUGCCCUCUCUCCGUACGGCUCCGAGCUCCUCGACUCGGUGCCCGACGCGGCCGCGAUCCCGGUCUUCGACUCCUCGAACAUCACUCCGAAAGCGCGCGAGCCCAUCUUCGCCCCGUCUCUGACGCCGUGCGAGGCCGGCUUCGUCCCGACGUGCGAGCAAGCGAAAGGAUUUAGCCUCUGCGGCUUGGCCAACGCAGCGUGCGACAAGGCGUGCGUCGACGAAGUGAAGAAGACUUGCCCUGUGACGUGCGGCCUCUCGGCGGAGGCGACGUCCGGGCACCUGGACCCGCCUUCCGACUACGGCAAACGCUUGCCGUCAGCCGCCGCGGAGGCCAUUUGCAGCACUUGCGCAGACCGCAUCUCUGCUGAUGAAAUUUUUGAGCAGCCAGAAGCAACUGGCAAGUGCCACGCUAUCGCCUUCAGCUCCGGAGAUGAGGAUGCCGCCUACCAGGCUGGUGUUUUGAAGGGCAUCACAACCAACCCAAAGCUCUCCCCAUCUGACUACGCUUACGAUUCAGUCUCCGGUGUUUCGGGUGGAGCACUCAAUGCAGUUCUUCUUUCAUCCUUCGAGAAAGGGCAGGAGCAACAAGCUGCUGAAAGAAUGGAAGAGUUCUGGAAGGCUGCCACUCAUUCCCAACUCUACAAGAACUGGUUCGGAGGAAUCGCUAAAGGUCUCUUCUUUGAGGGUGGACUCUACAACUCUGCCCCCAUGGAAGACUUCCUGAAGUCUCAAUUCAAAGGAGUUCAAAUGCACCGAAACCUUGACAUUGGAAUUGUUGACGUAAUCAACGGUGACUACAAGGACUUCUCAGACUUGAACAUCACCCAUGGCGACAACCUGAUCGAUGCUCUUUAUGCCUCCAUGUCCUUCGCUGGCUUCUUCCCUCCUGCUGAGGUUCUCGGCUCAGCCUACUACUUUGAUGGGUCUGCUGUGUGGGACAUUGACAUUUUCUCAGCUAUCAACCGAUGCUCUGACAAGGGUUUCAAGAAUGAAGACAUCGUUGUUGAUGUGGUGUUGACUUCAUCUGCCAACCCCAAGCAAGUUGAAGCUGAAGACUACCAGUCCAUCGGCAUGCUCUUCAGAUACCUUGAAAUUUCAAGCAGCAUGUACCCACUCAACUUAAAGGAGAAGGACAUCGACAAGGCCUUUUCCAUGGGAGUCAGUGAUGCAAACAAGGCCAUCUCAGACGGGAGCAAGACCACCUGGAACAACCUUGUGCACUACUACUCCAUGAAAAAGAGUGGUGACGCCAGAAUCCUGAAGCACACUUAUGGUUCCUUCCGCGAUGCCAAAGAAAACAACGAGUUCGAGGAGUACGACAUCAUGAAGGACGAUUUCAUGAGAAAGUACACUUACAAGCUUCUCCAGUGA